AUGGCGGAGGUACUGGCCACCAUGGUGGUCGGGCCGCUGGUGUCCAUGGUGAAGGAGAAGGCCUCCAGCCACCUCCUGGACCAAUACAAGGUCAUGGAGGGCAUGGAGGAGCAGCACAAGCUCCUCAAGCGCAAGCUGCCCGCCGUCCUGGACGUCAUCACUGACGCCGAGGAGCAGACAGCGAAAACCAGAGAGGGGGCGAAAGCUUGGCUUGAGGAGCUCCGGACCGUGGCCUACAAGGCGAACGAUGUCCUUGACGAGUUCAAGUACGAGGCACUCCGCCGCAAGGCAAAGGCAGAGGGGCACUACAAGGAGUUCGGUAUGGAUGUCAUAAAGCUCUUCCCUUCUCACAACCGGUUCAAAUUCAAACCACAGCCACCAAUGUCCAUGAAGUGGAGGCAGACAGAUCCUAACAUGCCAGACAAUUAUGUGAACAUUGCAAGUGACUCAAGAGCAAAAGAGAAGAAGGAGAUUGUUGAUGCAUUGCUUGGCCAAGAGGACAAUGUGGGUCUCACAGUCCUCCCUGUAGUAGGAAUGGGUGGGAUGGGCAAGACCACAUUAGCGCAACUUGUUUACCAUGACUCCGCCAUUCAGAAGCACUUCCAGGUUCAGAUCUGGGUGUGUGUGUCGGAAAACUUUGAUGUGGAUUCCCUGUUUGAAACAAUAAUGAAAGAGGCUGAAAAGAAUGGUUGUCAAAUGACCGGUGGUUCAACAAUGGAAAAGUUAAAAGUGCAGUGA